ACUUGCUGUCACACAUUCAAGUCGAGACGUCGAGAAGGAUUGCGAUCGCCAAGAGACAAAUGAUCGCUUAAUUUGGUUAAAAACAACGGAGCCGAGACAAGGCUUCAAGCCGAAAGAGACGACGCACACCAGUCACCAGCUGCUAGUACGCAGGUGAUGGAGUUGGCAUUGUGGACAAGGGGCGCAGCGCGAGUCUAGGGGCCCUGAUGCCCGGUAAUGAGGCGAAACUCAGCACAAAAGCGAGAAACAACAUUUGGCCGAACGUUGGCGCGCAUGCACGCCACACAACGACGGUGGAGGUACACCGCGCGUUGCUCUCACUGACCAGCAGCACAGGGAAGCGGGAAGGGACGCCGGUGGACGGAAACAAGAUCAAGAACCUUACCAUGCAGACGUUUCGGCGCAAGAGUCGUGGUAGUACAUGAAGCAGCACCACGGAAUGCUGCUUUGAUAAGCGAAAGACGAGCACUCAGCAUCGUGUUCAAGACAAGCUCUAUUCCCUUGAUUGUUGGAAGCGCGAAAUGAUGAGCGGGAUGGGCGGCCUCGAGGCGUCCGUUCCAGCACUGCAUCCUCAGCACCAGCAUCAGCAGCAUCAGCAGCGUUCCAGCAACGCGAGUUCCAACUCCAGCCACCCACGCGAGUUCCCCAUUGUCACUGAUUCAGGCACCAUCGAAGGGCCGGUCGAGAAGUGGACCAACUACGUGACUGUGUGGCAGGGUCGAUGGCUGGUGCUCGACCCCGAGGAAGGCACGCUCGAUUAUUACGUUGGAAAGAAGAAGCAAGGAACAGCCAAGGCAGGUCUGCAUCUCAAGCUCGCCACAAUUAUUCUGGACGAGUCCAGCGACGACCAAUUCAUGGUGACUGCUCCAGGCGUGCGCACGUUUCAUUUGCGUGCCAGAGACACCAAGGAACGUGCACGCUGGCAUCACGUACUCAUGAAGGUCCAGAUUGACAUUCAGGCACGCUCUCGCCUGAGUCACCAGCUGCACAUCCAACAGGCCCACAAAGCGCACCCGAACGCUGCCGCUGCUGCUGCUGACUCCAACGCUACUGUGGCUGGGUCUGCAGGUCAACCCGCAUCUGCAUUGGAUGCAUCGGCCUCGUCGUCUUCCGGGUCGGCAACCGUCUCGGCCAUCGCUGGCGUGCAGCAGACGCGUGCGUUGGCGUCUGCAAUUGCCAAAGCCUCCGAGGCUCGUUCUUACUCGCAUGUCAUGCAACAGCAGGUGGACUCGCUCUUGGAAAUUCUUGGUGCAUCCGCCUCCGAGGAAGCUCGGGAGACUGCGUUGUUGGUGAAGGCUUCUGCGCACGCCAUGAUCAAAAGCCUCGAUUACGCCGUGCACGCGGUUGAGGUGGCGGCGGGCAAGGCUCCGACUCCGUUGCGAUCGUUGUCCAUUCCGCCCUCGCCGCAGCCUGUCACUCACGCAGAAGCAACGACUCGGCGAGACAGCACUUCUUCCGGCCCGUUGAAAAAGCCGACACUGGCGAGGUCGAUUUCGUCAGAGUCGGUGGACAGCGAUACUUCAUUCUACGAUGCGCAGUCAGACCUUGUGUCGGGUGAUGAUUCAACCACUCUCACUGCGACCAGCACCGGAGAGCCGUCGGUUCCCGAAAUCAGCAAGCCUGGCGAAGAACAGGAGACGACGGAGGCCGAUCUUGGCGCGGAUGGCUACAACAGCGAUCAAGACGAAUCCCAAGCCAUUCUGGACUCUGACGACGAGGAAGAGGACUCUGAAGAUGCAGACAAGAGCGUACUGAUGCACAUACUGUCGCAGCUGCGCAUCGGCAUGGACCUCACCAAAGUCGUGCUGCCCACGUUCAUCCUCGAGAAGCGGUCGCUCUUGGAGAUGUACGCCGACUUUAUGGCUCAUCCGGAUAUUUUUGUUGGAGUCGCGCAACUACCGGAUCCUCGCACUCGGUUUAUGGAAGUUCUGCGCUGGUAUCUCUCGGCUUUCCAUGUGGGACGAAAGAGUUCCGUGGCCAAGAAGCCCUACAACCCGAUUCUUGGAGAGACCUUCCGCUGUCAGUACAUCACGCCGAACGGCGGGCCUCUAAACUUUGUGGCCGAGCAGAUCAGCCAUCACCCACCAGUCUCUGCAUUCUACGCCGAAUGCCCCAACACCAAAAUUCGUCUUGACGCUCACAUCUGGACCAAGUCCAAGUUCCUCGGCUUGUCGGUUGGCGUCAUCAACGUGGGGGAGGCCCGCAUUGCCCUUCAACCGACCGCGGCCAAUCAAAUUCCCGGAACUCAGCCUGAAGUCUACGUUCUCACAUUCCCGAGCGCGUACGCGCGUUCCAUUCUGAGCAUUCCGUGGGUGGAGCUUGCCAGCAAGACCACUCUGACGUGCGCCCGAACUGGCUUCUCGGCCACCAUCGAUUUCCAUGCCAAGCCAACCUUCGGUGGCAAGCCGCACCAAGUUUCGGCCGAAGUCAUGCACGUCUCGUCGCCGAAGCCGAUCAUCAAGCUCAGUGGCGAGUGGAAUGGCGUCAUUUCGAGCAAAAAUAUGGCCACAGGGCAAACAUCCGUCUUCCUCAACACCAAGGUCAUGAGCAUCAUCAAGAAGCAAGUGACACCAGUUUCCAGCCAGAACGAGUUUGAGUCACGCCGAUUGUGGAAAGAUGUGACGGAAGCGCUCAAGAGCCGCCAGGUCGAUGCAGCAACUGUCGCGAAGGCAAAGUUGGAAGAUCGGCAGCGAGCAGAGGCCAAGGAACGCAAAGAGCGCGGAGUUGAAUGGCGCACCAAACUCUUCGAACGUCACGACGACGGCGCUUGGCGGUAUAAUGGUUCGGGUGGGUCUGUUUACGCGUAAACAACACGCUUUUGAAACUCGGAUCUGUUGACAGUAUUCCACCCAACAAGGUAUAAGCCGUUUCUCCAGUCAACUGGAAGAGAAGGGGGGUUCGGUUGUAUUACAUACAGGAGUUUUCUGUACCAUUCAUUCUUUCGCUCAUCAACACACACACACACAUCCAAUACACAAUUCUUCAAA